AAUAAAUACUGUAUUAUACUUUAAAAUUGACUAUGGCAAGAUUAAGAAACACGACGUUUUCUACAGUAAAUACUAAAGUACACAGUAUUCAUAAAAAGGCACAAAACUCUUAAAUAUAAGAGAUACGACAAAACUGUUAUUGAGCAGCGCAGUCUUGUGCUUGGUGUGAGAAUGAGAAAAGCAACACCCAUGGACUUGAAUUUCCUCAAUGCAAAUGAAGAUCAACGAAAUGUUUCCCUUGUAAAUUUUCCCGCGAUGUCUUGUCUUCGGGAAGCACGCGUUGUCUUUUCUUCCCACGCUUCCACGAGACUGUGGCCAAGAUGAAGUAAACAAGUCACGGGACAGCAAAGCAAAGGCUCGCCAAACCCUAUCGCAACAGUGACGUUACAUCAGAGUGCGCGCAAAACACCCUAGCAGCGGACUGUGAUUGGCUAAGCGAAGAAGCUGUCUGCCACCCGAUUGGCUGAGAAGUAAAGCGCUGCUGUAAACGACGAUGGACAACAACAAUAUCCGAGCAGAAAUGAGAUCAUACACAUUCCGUGGCGAUAACAACAACCGGUCUGAAAUUUUAGUACGUCACUGCUUGCGGCGAAAAGACAAUCACUCCGUCUAAAUGUCACGGAAAACUGGAUAUUUUUUGCAUUAUUUCUGGGCAUCGAGGUUUUUAGAUGCGCGUCACUCAAUUUUAGAAAUAUGAAACUUGUAUAAACUAGCAAAAACAUCUAUUGUUGUUGUUUGGGUGUGUCACAUGCCAUGAGGCUAUCAAUAUUUGUGGAGAACUGUACUGGAGACACGACUGAAAGCAUAUAGUGGAGUGAAAGCUCUGGAGAGACAAACACGUUUCAAUCUAUUGUCCUGGUAUUCGUCUAGAUCCACAGCUCCCACAAUGGAUAACACAGUGCAUUACCAUCAAGAUGAUUCCAGCACCUUGGAUAGCAAAAAUGAAUCAAAUCAAGGAGAGACAAUCAAAACCGCUGGACAACAUCAGGAUAAACACUUGCCAAACAGUUCACCUCAAGGGCGUGUACGGCUGUAUUCUGAGUCUCAGGUGUAUACGGUGAGCCGCUGGCAGGACGUGGAGCCCCAGGAUGGAGCAUCAGUGGAGGAGAACGGAGGAGUCGGAGAUGGAGCUCCAUUCAGAGGUCGCUCUCAGUCUGCACCCGCUGCUCUGUGGAAAGCUAAGAAGUACGGACGACAACUGAGAAGAAUGAGCGAUGAAUUUGACACAUGGCUCGACAAAGGGGAGGUGAAGAGAGUGAGCAGCAAUGGGAGAGGAGCUCAGAAACAGACCUACCGUGGAUGGUUCUCAUACCUCUGGAGCCCCAAAGAGGAGGAGGGAAGAGAAUAACCAAGUCUUCGAUCAUACUUAAAACAACAUAAAGACAAUUAUAAGAGAGAACUGCUCUUCAAAGUGAAGUAACAGUGCUGGGUGAAGGCUGGUUUGAUCACCAUCAUGGCCUUUAAGCUUAAGCAAAAAAGAUACAUUUUGUCAAUCCGAGAGAGAAAAGGUGCUGUAUCACUUUUUACCAACGCAAUAAUGCGUCUCUGAUUAAAAGAUUUGUUAGUUUCAAUCUUAAAUAGGACAAUCUCUCAUAAAAUUAUACAAAUUGUUGGACAAUCUUUGUUUAUGGAUUUUAAAUGCCUCUAUUGAAAAACUAUUUAUUAAUAUGUAUUAUUUAAAUUCAUAUUUGGCAAAGAAAUGUGUUUUAUGAUGUAUUUUAUAAAUUGUACAGAUAUAUAGAUGUGAAUUAUAGAGCAUUUUUUGUUUUAUUAAAGGCUGGAGCAGUUGCUUGCAAAAUGUAAAUAUGUGUGACCUUCCUGUGAAAACUCAGCUAAAGUAAUUUUAGCGAUUUACUGUUUCCUAUACGGUAAAGAAUAUUCUGUGAAAAUAAAACAUUGAUAUCUUUCAAAUUCACUGAGUAAGGUCAUGUCAAAGAUUGAAAUCAAACUUUGGUCCCCUCCUCAGAUUUAAUAUCACAGGCAGGGUUACAUAUUUCAAAAACUGUGACAUUGGAUAAAGUAAGUUGUGAAAGGACAGGUUAGUAAUGGUAACAAUAAUACGGGUAAGUUUUUAUUUUUUCAGUUAGUUUGUUAAUAUUUGCUACAUCUCAGGUUUAUUUGUUUAUGAUGCCAAACUGUUGUGGUGAAUAGUCAAAGUAAGAGUGGAUGAAAUCGUUUUUUCUGACAUAUAAGAUCUUCAUGUUUUUAUGCUUGGAUUUCCAGUGGGAAAAGAAAUUGAUAUCAGAUUCUUUCAAAACUUUGUAAUUUAUCACUGCCUUUUGUGUACAUAUUUCUUGAUGGUAAAGUUGUUGAUAGUCUGGUACAUUUGUAUUCCUUUAAACUCAGACUGCAGGCCAUGUGCAGUCUUGUCUGAAUGGUCUUGUAUGUAAAAACAUUCAGACCAGUUUGUAAUAAAUGAAAUGCAGUUGGACAAAAAAAGCUGUUUUCAUAAAUCUUAUACUUGAUGUUUGCAUUGUUUUUUAAGCAUCUUGUACAUAUUCAUAUUUAAUAUAAUUCACACCGUUAAUGAACUGUUUAAAUACUUUUUAAACUGAUCAACUUUUUAU